AUGGAAACUCUUGAACAUGCAAACUUAGUAGAUAUUGUAUUCUCUUGGACUCUUGAGGAUGUUAUCAACGAAAAUCUUUUCAAGCACAAGGUGAAGAAGAUUCCAUCGACAUUCUGCUCCAAAAAAGAUUACUUGAAUUCAUUCAUUCCUGCAUUGAUUGAGGAAACACAUAGUGAUUUGUCUUCAAGCUUGAUAAGUGUGUCUCAAGCUCCUUCUUGUGAAAUCAUGACGAUUGAAAGGUCCAAGGACUUCAAACUUCCCAAUGCCUUAUUCUAUCAGAUUACCUUGAAGAGCACCACUGAUGAUGUGAAAGGUGUAGGAAAAUACGAACCUGAGUCUGGAGAUCUCAUUGCAUUCUCAAAUAUAAGACCUAGAAGCAGAGAUGACUUGAAAAAGACCAAAGAAUACUGGCAUAUUGCUUAUGUUCUGAAGCCACCAGAUAUAUUUAGUAAUGAAAUCCGUAUACUGACAUCUAAGUUCAUAGAAAAUGAUAUUGAAAUUGACUUGAGAAGCAACAAAGUACAAGAGCUUUAUGCAGUGGAUCUUUUGAACAUGACAACAAAUGUUCGUAUUUGGAAUGCCUUGACCUCGAAAUUGAAGGGUGCAGGUCAGAGCAUUGUUAAGAAAGUGCUAAAAGCUUAUUCAACAAACGGAGAAAACUGUCAUGUUUGCUUUUCUGGAAAAAAUUGUAGCAACAGCCAAGCCUAUACUAUUGCACAAAACAUAAUCGAUGCUCAGAAUCUGAAUGAGUCUCAAAAGGAUGCAGUUUUAAGCUGUGUCACAAUGAAGAAAUGUCAGCAUAAUGACACUAUUAAACUUAUAUGGGGUCCCCCGGGAACUGGGAAAACGAAAACAGUUGCUUCCUUGUUACUUUCCCUUCUCAAGCUGAAAACCAAAACGUUGGCGUGCGCUCCAACUAACACUGCAGUCGUGGAAGUGGCUGGGAGAUUGCAUGGUUUGGUUAAGGGUUCUGUUGAGUCACUUGAUUGUAAGACGUAUGGGCUUGGUGACAUACUGUUAUUUGGCAAUAGUUCUAGAAUGAAAAUUGAGUCUUACAAGGGUCUUGCGGAAGUGUUUUUGGACAAUCGUGUUGAUGAUUUAUUGCGCUGUUUUUCUCCAAUGAUUGGGUGGAAACAUUACUUGGAAUCAAUGAUAAAGUUUCUAGAGGAACCCAAAGAGGCAUAUGUUUUAUACAAGCAUGAUGUUAAGGUGGAGAACCUAUUGUCAUUAGAAGAAUUUGCGAAGCAAAGUGGCACUCAUGUAGACCUUGCAUAUGGUUCAUAUAAGAAACGUGUUCAGAAGAAUCGUGCUCGAAUGACAUUAGAGCAAUUUGUGGAGAAAAAGUACCCUUAUAUUGUAAUGCAAUACCAGGCCUACAAAGAUGAGAAGCAGUUAAGUGCUGGUAUGACAAUGGAGCAAUUUAUAAAGCAGAGGUUCGGUUUCCUUGCAGAGAAUCUCAAGAUAGUCAUGCGGACCUUGUACACGCACUUGCCAACAUCUUUGAUUCCAUUGAAGGUGUUGAAGAGCAUGUUGAGAGCUUUCGAUUUGCUAAAAUCUCUUGAAGCUUCCACGUACCAAAACGUGUCCAAACACGUACUCUCUGAUUGUGAAGAUGGACAAAGCGUUCUUGGUCGCUUUGGAUGGUUAGGCUUCGAAAGAAAUGAGUGUCUUGAGAUCCUAAAUAUACUUUCUCGGUCAAUUUCACUUCCCAACAACCUUCGAACCGAAUAUGGCAUAUCAAAUUUUUGCUUGAAGAAUGCGUGCCUUGUUUUUUGUACAGCUUCAAGUUCUUCUAAAUUGUACAUGGAAGGGAUGGAACCAUUCCGUUUUGUAGUAAUUGACGAAGCAGCACAACUAAAAGAAUGUGAGUCAGCCAUUCCAUUGCAACUUCCCGGCCUACGUAGAGGUGUCCUCAUAGGUGAUGAGAAACAACUUCCUGCAAUGGUCAAAAGCAAGAUUGCUGACAUGGCUGAAUUUGGAAGAAGUAUGUUUGAGAGGCUGGUAUUGUUGGGGUACAGGAGGCAUAUGCUCAAUGUUCAAUAUAGAAUGCAUCCAUCCAUUAGCAUGUUUCCAAGUAAAGAGUUCUAUGAUCAGCAACUUUCUGAUGCUCCUAUUGUCACAGGAAAAAGCUAUGACAAACGUUUUCUUGAUGGGAAAAUUUAUACUUCCUACUCUUUUAUAAACAUUUCUAAGGGUAAAGAGCAGCCUAAUCAGGACUAUAGUUUGAUGAACAAAAUUGAGGUUGCUGCUAUCUCCCAUAUUAUUGGAAGCCUUAAAAAAGAGUCUGUGAAGACCAGGAAGAAAGUUAGCAUAGGAAUCAUAUCGCCAUAUAAGGCUCAAGUCCAUGAAAUCCAGCAAAAGGUAAAGAAGUACAUUUCGGUUUCUGAUUCUUACUUCUCUGUUAGUGUUCGCUCUGUCGAUGGUUUUCAAGGUGGUGAAGAAGAUAUUAUAAUAUUAUCUACUGUGAGGUCUAAUGGGCGUGGAAAAGUGGGUUUUCUUUCCAACAGGCAAAGAGCAAAUGUUGCUCUUACCAGAGCUAGCAACUCUGUAUGGAGAAAGCUAGUUGUUGAUGCUAAGAAAAGAGACUGCUUCCAUAAUGCUGAUGAGGACAAGAAAUUGAGUCGGGCAAUUAAGGAUGCUAUUUUUGAGCUUGAAUUGCUUGAAUCUGAGUCACGGUUUAAGAUUCUCAGUUUACGUGAAAAGUCUGAAGUCACGCAGACGGAGGUUUGA